UCAAUGCAUGCGCAGUGCGGUUUGGCUGGGCAUGUUGUCUGUGAUUUUACUCCAUAACGCGUUUACUUGACAACUUGCUUGGUGUCAAAUUACAUUUUUGGUUGUCAUUACCUCCUUGGGCUUGCAGCGAGUUAGGAAAAGUAUUAUUUACGGGCGAUUUAGCCUUUCAAGUGCUGAGGGUUCCCUCUUGUUUUUUCGUUGGUGAUCUGGCUUAUUUUAGCUCCCAAAAGAUCUAAGUCCAGUCUAAGCACCUAGGCCGCUGACCCUGGACUGAUAUUUAUAACCUAGUCACCCUGAAGCAAAUUAUUGCGAGCGGCAGAAAUUCUAAGCCCCAGGUCCAAAAAUUACGGGUCCAGAACGCGGUGUAAUACGUUAUCCAACAGGGAAACUGACCUCAUCCUGCAGGCCCGCCGCCUUUCAGUUUCCUCCAUCCGCCCGCCAGUGGCUCUAUUUCCCCUAGACCCGUCCCCUAAAGCCUUUGCUCUGCCCAGCAUCUCGCAGUUUUUGGAGCGAUUUCCACCCCGUCAUCCGGAUUUAGUGCAAGCCACCAUCCACCCACAGACCUUAGGCUUGUUGCGGGACAAGAGAUGCCCGUCCCGUCCCUCUCUUUUGACCACUUGUUCCUCGUGCACCCGAGGGAUCGAACCCGGAUCGAAAGUAUCGCGGGGGUGCGAUGCCUGCGCCAAAUUGACCUGCUCGCCGUGUUUGAAUGCGUGUCUCUCGUGUGAUCGGACCGUGUGCGGUAAUUGCUCCUAUGGGACGACGCCAGAUGGAGUUCAAUGUGCCGAUUGUCAAUCCCUGAUGUGAUCUGAAGGGGAUAUUUGAGGGGGAACUAGGGACCGUCUUACUUUGUCAAAAGCAUGACCACGGCCUCGGAAGGCAUCUAGCUGACUCAAGACUAGCCAUCGCCGAGCGGUUGUCAUGCACUUCGGUGUAAAUAUAUACACUUUAUAUAUUGAUUUUCAUACACUAAGGUUCAUCCAAUUCAAGCGGUUCAAAUUCGGAUUGAUCAAGCGGCAGGAAAUAGGUAUGGAGGUAUCUUUUGUCUAUCUAGGAAUUGGGAGGCAUGGCCCUCUAGCGUUGGACAAAGUAAUCCUUGGAGCGCAAAAGGUGAGAGCGCAUGUCAGCCAAAGAACCAGGACGAUAUCGGGCACGCCAGAAUUGUGCGCUCAAGUUUGAGCCGCUAGUGGAGCUUGGCUGGAAGCCCAGAGGAUAGAUGAUACCCAACUGAUGGAAAGCGAGUGAGGGGUACGCAAUCUGAUCCCUCUUUCUUCUCUUCUUAGACUCUUCAGGCUUCGUCCUUUGGCCCACACCAUCCUGGUCGAAAUACCCUGACAGAAGGGUAGCGAGGAGUAGUAGACCCUGUAGACCCCCCUGCCCCCCCCCCCCCCUUUUUGGUGUAUCACGAUGAGAAGAGGCUGCCUGAAUCGUAUGUAGGUCCGAAGAGAGGCAGCCUUUGAUUCAGCUUGUGUGAGAUAAGUCAGCGAAGGUGGAAAAUCAGGAUAAUCAGGAUGCUCAACGAGCCGUGAUAAUGAUUCGAUUGUUGUCAAAAUAAGUGACGAGCAGAGGUUCGAGUACAACAUGACCUGCCGAAGAACAGCCUUAUCUUAAUUGAUGUGUACUUGUGUACCCAAGCCGCAAAUGGCUCUAGAUAAAGUCUUCGACUUGAACCGACAAUUCAUUUGAAGCAUUCAAUCUGAGUACACACUGACCAUGACGCUCUCUGGCAACAUGAUCGAGGAUGUGAACGGGCAAGAACCGUUCCGCGGACCCGUGGAGGUGUUCAUUAAAAGUCAUUGGUAUGCGGGCGAAGCGGCCAUUGAGAAAACGCUUCUGGGCAUCUCGCUGACCGAUGAGCAAUUCGAAGAUGUGAAUGGGAGUCCCGACGCACCACAGCAUAUCCCGGAGGGCAAGCGCCGGGUCGAGAUUAUCAAAAAGGAACCCGGCCAAGGGCUGGGUAUCUCCAUCAAAGGGGGCAAGGAGAACCGAAUGCCCAUACUCAUUUCGAAGAUCUUCGAAGGUCUGGCGGCCGAAGCCACCAAAAAGCUCUUUGUCGGGGAUGCCAUUCUGAUGGUGGAUGGGACGGACGUGAAGAGUUUGACCCACGAUGAGGCCGUACAAAUGCUCAAAACCAUCAAUACCAAAGUGGUUCUGGAAGUGAAGCACGUUAAAGAGGUGACGCCCUACUUCCAAAAGGCGGCCCUGCUCUCCGAUUUGGGAUGGUCUCAUGAUGUUGCGUUCUUGGCGCCCAAUGGCAAGAGCGAUACCCUAAAGAAGAUGUCGCCCAAUUCCGAGAUGAAAUGGAUCCCACUGCAAUUAUGCCAUGUCCAAAGGGACACGGGACUAGAUACCGAUUUGAAAAAACUGGAAAUCCACAGUCCCAAUCGGAAAAAGUCCGUGGUCCUUCGAGUUCCAAGCGACAAAGUCGAGUUUUGGAAGAUGGCCCUUUUGUCAGCGGUGGAGAUGUCCAUCCAAGAGUCCACGCUGAAGGCCAAUUUCGCUCUCCCCUCGCGACUCAUCAAAAUGGGCUGGUUGUGCCAAGAGCACGACAAGAGCGCUUGCUCCGAGAACAGUUUCGAUAGCGGCAUGUCCAGUGACACGCCCUCGCUUGUGCCCACCUUCGUGGCCUUGAAUGAAGAGCGUCUGAUGUUUUGGGAUCACGUUCCCUGGGCUCUCGAGGAAUGGUCGAAUCCCAAAGAAAGUCUAAAACUAGUCCAAAUUCGAGUCUUGUGCAAAGACAACAAUGCCAAGGAGAAGAAUAAGAUUUGCAUCCGCUACGGCACUGAGGGAGGUGUGAUCUGCCACACGUUUUCCGCCCAAUCCCGCCCGGACUACUCCUCCUGGCUGUCCUCCUUGAUUCAAGGAUCAUUGUACGCUUCCAAGUGUCUGGAAUCCUAUACGGUAGAUUGCGAGUGGAAGUCGUUGAAGUGUGUGCUGAAACUUCACGUGGAUAAAGGUUUCAGCUUGGUGGACCCGGUCAAAAAUCAUACCCUGUGGAGCUUCCCGUUCCACGCCCUCAUCGCCUCUAAUGACGAUGGAGCUAAACUGCUCUGGCUUCAGUUUCGAGGCCGAGAGGAGGAUGAAUUCAUGCUUUGGACGAAUCCAAAAAUCUUCGUUUUCAUCUUGCACAACUUCCUGUCGACCAAGUUGCAGCUUCUGGGCAAGUAAGCCAAGAUGAGGCGUGGCGGCUUUAGUCCUUUUCUACGUAACAGUCACCCCUUCCCGCUACUUUUUAUGAUAGUCAAGCGGGGAUCCGUCUAGAGGAUCCCACCCGUCGUCCCGUGGCUAAUAAUGUGUACUACAUCUACUAAUAUCGAUAUCCUCAAUGGCCGCUCUGAAUGGCAAGGCUCCAUCAUUCAUGAAUAAAUUCCGCCAUUUAUUGAA